AUGGAAUCGUAUUCGGACCAUGUUAGACAAUCCCAGAAGACAUUUACCAGUAUGGGCAAGGUGACCAAGCAACUACUACAGCAUUUUGGAAUUGUUGUGAAUCGCCUAGUCGAUUUAAGUGACCUGUUGGCUUCCGUAGCAAAAUGUGAGUCUAGCUUUAUGCGGGACCCCCUUGAAGCCAUGUCUUCAGUUACAAAGGCAUUGGCUGCCGAAUGGUCUGUAGCAACUAAGGGGAUCAUGGCCUUACCACACUGUUUUGACAUGAAGGAGGACAACGCUCGCAUUCAGACCUCAAUUAAGCAUCAGGCACUAGCACAGCCACCAUUCUGUAUUCAAACAAACCACGAGCUUGUCAUCAAUGCAGCUGUGUUUGAGCGUACAAGAGCAGCAAAUAUCCAACAGGGAAUGUAUAAUUUAGGUCACAGUCUCCUGUAUAUGGGCAUUCGUGCAGUUGAGGCGGGGACAAAUCUCAAAACUUUAUCUUCAGCAAUAGACCCACACACCGGCGUUCUGGACGUUGCGAUGCGUUUUCGUGAGCUCGAUCUAGGAGAAAGCGUCACCAUGAACAUGCUACUAAAGCUAUCUGCCAACGAAAUCAGAAACUACUUAACCCCACAAUUGUCGCAGAAGGGAAUCAAGUAUGCAGGACAGCUCAAUUCAUAUAAGGACAAGCGGAAGUCGAGAAAGCACCCACCAGCGUCAGCUUUGGCGAUAUCUCAGCCGCUGCCACCUAAUCUAUCUCUAACGACAGAUAAAUCAGAAUCUAGCCAAGAAGCAGCGCCUGGGACUUUGUUGGGCUAUCAGAAUGUGACAAUUAAUAGCCCAACUGGAGAUGCCGUGCUGCCACCGCAGUACCCUCGGUCAGCACCACAACAAGCAGAAGGUUUGUCAAGCGAUGCAGAGAAACAGAAAAACUCACAACAAAAUCAUGAAUGUGAAUGCUCCAAGCAAUUGCAAGAAUACCAACAACAGAUCAUUGAGCAUCAGAACAUGAUCACGUCCCUACAGGCACAGCUUAGCCAGCAGCUCCAAUUACAGGUGCAACAGUUGCAGCAAAUGCAUCAGAUACAAACACCACAAGCACUGCAAUUACAGCAGCCAAUCUCUUCCAAUAACCCCAUUUCUCAGGGGGGCCUGCAAGCACCUGCCUCUCAGGCUGACAACGGAACUCUUGCCCCCUUACCCUCUGCCUUGCCGCCACAGCAGCAUUACUACAGUGAAGAUGCGGUCAGUACAUCAGACGAUACUCAAAGCGUGAACCCGGCAACAUAUGCGCAACAACAGGCUAACAAUCCAUUUACGAAGCCAAAGCUCCAGCCGCAGGGAUUAUUGGUUAACGAAUUGUCAAACUAUAUUCAAGAAUCUGAACUCACAGACGCGCAUAUGCGUGAGUCUACCGAAGUUUCACAAAUUAGUGUGUCUAAGCGUGCCAGCAAUGCUCUGAAUCUCAUGACACGGUCAACAACAGAGCUAGAUAACAUGGGGGACGAGUAUGACCUUUCCAAGCCAGAAGAGAACGUUGCAACAGAAAAGGGUGUUAGUGGUCACCAUCAGACGGUUAAGGAAGAUGCCCCAACAUUGGUCGUAGCGAACUCGGUUGACCAGAUAGAUCCUAAGCCCUCUAGAAACCAAGAAACUGCAAAGCCAAAGAAGUUUGCAAUCAAUGACUUCCUUCGUGACCCUUCAGCAAAGAAUAAAGAACGGCCGUCCUCAAAAGCUACAGCAGGCCUCUAUAGCAGCCUAAAAGACGAGGACUCCUUUGGCCUCAUAGGCUCUAUACCGGCUCAGCCAAGUAAGCCAAAAAUAGAUAUUAAUGCUCUGGAUGACGACGAUCUUGAUUUCUUUUAG